AAAUUACUACUCCUUUGCUCUUGCUUUCCCCCAUGAUGGCUCAGGCAAAUAUUCCUUCAGAUCCUACCGACAACGAUAAAGCUUACAUAUUUCAAUUUUUCGACGCUCAGCUGAACUGCGGAAUUCUCUGCGCGCUAUUACAUGGUUAGCGACCAGGUUCAGUUUCUUGACAUGUAAGUGUUGACUGAUGACAGGAAUAUACACCGGCAUUUUUGCUGUUACGCUGUGGAAUAUAUUCAUCAAUAAAUGUUGGCCCAUUCGACGAGCCUUAGUGGUCAUGAUCAUUUUUCUCUAUGCUCUGACUACCAUCAGUCUUGCUACCAAGUGGUCAUAUAUACGAUCGGCAUUCAUCGAUAAUGGGAAAAUUUUUUCGACCGUAUAUUCGAGGUUUAACGAUGCGUCCAAAGCUACCAUUUUGGAAGCAGGUAUCGCUGCGUUUAUGGGUACCAUUCUCUCGGACUUGUAUAUGAUCUGGUGUUGUUGGAUAGUUUGGGGACAUCGCUGGCUGUUUAUUCUGCUUCCAGUACUUUCCUUAAUUUCCGCAUCUGCGACAAAAAUCAUUGAAUUAUAUGAAGAAUACUUCAAUUUACCAGGAGUAUUCGGAAUGCUCUACAUAUCCUUUAUCCUGGCGACGACAUUAUGGUGCACUUUAUUCAUCAUUUACCGCAUUUUAUCUGUGGUCGGGUUUAGGCGUGGAGCAGAGGGCCGACUGAGAGUUUAUCAUCGUUUUAUUGAAGUGCUGGUUGAGUCUUCAGCCCUCUAUUCAAUAUCUCUGGUACUAUGUUUGGCUCUCACCAUUCGCAAUGAUUUUGGAAUGUUUUACCUUGAUGUCAUAGGUUCCAUCGCGAAGGGAGCUGCACCCACGCUGCUUGUUGGUCGGGCAGCGGCAGGACAUACACGACCAAAUGAUAACUCUGAUGAGAGUAUGGUGUCUGCACUUCAUUUCCGGAUAGCACCUUCGGAACUUGGCACGACAAACCUUCAAGAAUCCACCAUGCAGAACACAAUUCUUGAAACGGACAUUGAAGCUCAACGGGAGCGGUCGGAUGAGCUCGUGGUAGUUGUAGAAAGAUGCAGCAGGGCUCACAAGUCGGAGUCAUAAC